GGGAGGAGCUCAAAGUAAAGCCGCUGCUCCUCCACAUGGAGAGGAGCCAGAUGAGGUGGUUCGGGCAUCUGGUCAGGAUGCCACCCGAACGCCUCCCUAGGAAGGUGUUUUGGGCACGUCCGACCGGCAGGAGGCCACGGGGAAGACCCAGGACACGCUGGGAAGACUAUCUCUCCCGGCUGGCCUGGGAACGCCUCGGGAUCCCCCGGGAGGAGCUGGACCAAGUGGCUGGGGAGAGGGAAGUCUGGGCUUCCCUGCUUAGGCUGCUGCCCCCGCGACCCAACCUCGGAUAAGCGGAAGAAGAUGGAUGGAUGGAUGGACAUUGAAUGAGGAGAAGGUGUGUCCAAACUUUUGGCCUGUACUGUACAUGCAUUCCAAAAUUCUCCGCUGUUUCCAUUUCUAAUACAUGGUAAGCCAUAGUUGUAACUAAUAUCUGUCAGUAGACUUGAUACGGAGGCGCUAACAACUACAACAUGGCUGCAGGGAGAAGACACAGUUAAAGGGGGCGUGGCCUGGAGGAAGGCUUUGGCAGGUGAAUAAGACCGGCUAGAAGAUGACCUACGCUAAAUUGUGCCUAAAGAACCACCAUGUCAUGUUAUGUAGACAACAAGGACGUUUUUAAAUUUAGGGGUAAACCAAUCAUACUUUGACCCUCCUCCCCAAAUGAUUGUAUUAGUAUGUAACAAGUGUGAACAUGCGUUAUACAUGGUAUAUGUUUUCUGUCUUGAGAGAAUAAAAAUGGUCAGAAUCAUCAACAAAACAAUCCUUGGCUCCGAAGUCCAGACAAAACCAACAAGGGCGAGCUGUACUGGGACAGUUUACACACGCCAGUGUUUACGUGCUGAAAGUUCAUUUGUGACCUUUGUUCAGAUCAGAAUAAAAAUGGCGACCACAAGCAGACACACAAAACCUCUCUUCUUCCUCGGACUUCUCAUGUCUUCAAUCCCAGCAUGCAAAGGCAUGUUCCUGGAGAGACCUGAAGCAAACGUUUUCCUUCAUCGUACCCGUCGGGCCAAUUUUCUUUUCGAGGAGCUUAAACAAGGAAACCUGGAGCGUGAAUGUUUGGAGGAGAAAUGCUCCUAUGAGGAGGCCAAGGAGAUCUUCGCUUUGCCGCAGCAGCUGGAGGUUUUCUGGAGGAUGUACACAGCCGUGGAUCACUGCCUGUCAUCUCCCUGUAAGAAUGGCGGUACCUGCACUCGCCAGAUGAACACCUUUGUGUGCAAAUGUCCGUCUGGAUUCCAUGGAUCCACCUGUGACAAAGUGCGCGUGACAUCUGUGGGAUGUCGCUACAGAAAUGGAGGAUGUGAACAUUUCUGCAGAGACCUUCCCGACCGGACACGCACUUGCUUCUGCGCUACAGGCUACAGUCUGGGUCAGGACAACAGCACGUGUAUACCCCAAGAUGCAGUCUCCUGUGGAAGACCGAUGACCCAUUUUGGCCCGAGAGUUGUCAAUGGUCAGAUCUGUCCCAAAGGACAAUGUCCCUGGCAGGCUCUCCUGACUGAGAACCAUGCCUAUGCCUGUGGUGCCAUUGUCCUAUCCACUCACUGGAUUCUUACUGCAGCUCACUGCGUCUGGAGGAAACCAACCAGCAUCUUCCAUGUCAUCGUGGGCGAACAUGACCUGGAGGUAGACGAGAGGACGGAGCAAAAGCGACGAGUAUCCAAAGUCCUGAUCCACCGUGGCUACAACCACUCCAGCUAUGAUAGCGACCUAGCGAUGCUGAAGCUUCAUCGUCCUGUCAAACUGGGACUCUAUGUUGUUCCUAUUUGUCUCGCCGCUAAGAACAGCUCUUUCAGCCGCAUGCUGGCAGCUGUGAGACACAACACCGUGUCAGGGUGGGGUCGCCUGGCCCAGCACGGGUCCACUGCCAGAUUGCUCCAGCGCUUGGCACUACCACGUGUGCCACUACAGGAGUGCCGCCUGCACACCAGACUCAACAUCACCCGGAACAUGCUUUGUGCCGGGCUGCAGAAUGGCGGCCAGGAUGCAUGCAAAGGCGAUAGUGGCGGCCCUCUAGUGACACGCUACAAGAAAACCUGGUUUCUGACUGGUGUGGUGAGUUGGGGUAAAGGGUGUGCCGGGAGGAACCUGUACGGUGUUUACACCAGAGUCAGCAACUUCCUGGACUGGAUACAACAUACCAUGUCCAGAGGCUGAAAGCAGGAAUACCCUUGCAAAUCUACCACACGUUAUUUACUUUCACUUGUUGAGGUUGUUUCAUUAGAGGUAAUAAAAAAUGACAAACACA